GGUUCACGGUCUUCAACUCGGUUUAUGAGUGCACACGAGCGGUGCUGAGCAUGUAGUAUAUCCAGGUUAAUCAGUGAUGGUCACUGGCGAUAUUAUCUCGAAAUCAACAGAUUUCUACUUCACAUUGCUUCCACUGAUGGUGAUGUCUUGCUUUGACUCUCAUGCUUAUCUCACAUUCAUUUCUUGGUGUUUUGAUACGACGAGUAUCCGCCUACGCCAAUGGUCGCGAUCCGGUCCUCAUCCCGCAGUAUGACGCCCAUCGCAGCUAACAACGCGAUCAUCACGACCGGUCCCUUCCUGAGCGACACUAACAUCAAAGACUACUAUCAUGUCCUUUGCAUCACGUUGCGCAAUCGCGCAUCUCCAUUUACUCGAUCUAGUACAAACCACUAAUUCACCAUGACCUGGCAAACCGAACUCAACUCAUGGCUGUCGCCACCCAGCGUGCAAACAGCAGAAACGCCCACUGUCGGCCAAAAGGCACCUCCAACACCAAAGCUAAACAUACCUGCAAAAGACGGCAAGCCGACCAUUAUCAGUUUCCUCAGACACUGCGGCUGUCCUUUUGCAGAGAAGACGUUUUUGAAUAUGAGAGACAUGGCAGCGGCGCACAGAGAUGUGGACUGGGUGGCUGUGAGCCAUAGCGAGCAAGGAGCGACGGAGAGGUGGUUGGCGGCACUUCCUGAGCCUGCGAAGAACACCCAACCCAACCUCCACGUCAUUGUUGAUGCUGAACGCGAGGCAUAUGGCGCAUGGGGCUUGGGCAUAUCGUCCUUGUGGCAUGUUCUCGGUAGUAUACCCGGGACGACGAAACUCAAACAAGAGGGCAUCAGCGUGCGAGCUACAGAGAGUGGCAGCAGGUGGCAGACGGCGGGCAAUUUUGGGAUAGACGGAGAGGGGAUGGUGAAGUGGGCGAGGGUGGAUCAAAGGGCGGAUGAUAUGCCGGAUUUCAAGCAGGGCCUUGAUGCUGUGUUAGGUGGGAGGUUUGAGCAGGCGGGUGUUGCUGAGGCUAUGCAGGGUUGAUGGGAGAUGGAGAGAUUAUGGCGGUGUAUGAGAGUACUUGUCUAUUAUUUAUGUUGUUGUGUGUGGUGCAGGUGCGGCGUAUUGAAUGGAUGCUGCUGUUCAUAUGCUGGGUGCAGUGUGCUCGAUGAGUUUGGGAUGAUAACGUAGGCACUCACGCAUACUUCCAGUAACGAUGAGAAGAGUGGGAAGUACUAGAUUG